AUGAAUUUACAGGGGCUCCAGACAAGAAAUGCUUUAAGAUAUUUAAAACUGGUAAAGACAAAUGUCUCAAUGCAAUGGGGAAAGCAGGCUUCCUGUGCAACACUGUGGAUGCUGUCAGCUUAAUUUGUCACGUGCCUGGCACUCCGUGCCUCGUACCUGCCAUCAUCCAGCGCUUUGCCAGGAGCUACAAGUCUAAACCGGUCCAGUGGAUGAUAAAGAAUUUCAAGGAACAGUUUGCUUUCAACAUCACAAUGAACAAAGAUUUUGAUAUCAACUUCAACUCCAGUAAAAGCCUGUUUCAGGCUGCACUGGAUGUUAAAAAAGAGAUAGAGAAUCUAGUGGCCCCCUACAGAGAGAUGAUCAGCAUGUUUACCUACUUUGUAUUUUUCAUGAUCUUAUAUAUCUAUAUCAAGGCAUUAUGGUAUCGCACACAUUAUUUAUUUGAUGAUAAUUUUGACAAUAUUUAUAUAACGAGGAAUUUUGUGGAGUUAGAUGUGAUGAGGGGCAGGAGAGGUGCCAAAACCCUUUUGCCUCUAACUUACAAGGAAAGUAAGACAUUUGUCCGGCCAGCUUCAUUGGCUCUUACCAAGAAGGAGAAGGUAGGACGUGGACCUGAUAUGGUUAAUAUCUUCAGAAUCCUACUAUUUGCCUGCUGUUUCAUGUGUAUGGAUUACUCUGUCUAUUGGAUACUGGCUGUGGCAAAUUACGUUCUGAAAGGAGAUUUACUAGUAAAAGUUUCUGAUGCUCCCAAUGUGAGAGUAAAUGGGAAUAGUUUCUUCCGUGAGACGAUUCAUUCCAUGGUUGAUUCUUAUAAUACCCUGUAUCCAGACAAAGUAAAAUCUGUAUCCCAAAACUGUCUGGCUAUUCCUUUGGAGCCCAACUACUCAGAGUACCGCUUGAUUGCAAUAGUACUUGCACUAGCCUUCUUUGUCUGUACAUUCGGAGCUUAUAUUGAAAGACUGAAGCACUCUAUAUGUGCUUACUACUAUCCAUUCCGCGAACAGCAAAGAAUCUGUUUCUUAUACAAUACUCUGAUGUCCAAGCGUAUGAGCAAGGGAGACAUUUUGCUCAAUUUAGUCAGGCGAACAGGCGACGAGGGACAUACAAAUUUAAUCGAUAUAUUGGCAUCAAAAUUUCCUUGGAUGUCUAAAUUCCAAGAAGCCAAAAAAGCAGAGUGCUGUGUAGCCUGUGCCAAGAUCUGCAGUGACUAUAACAGUUUUGAAUUCAGACCAUGCCUCACCAGUGGGUGCAAAGGUCUGUACUGCAGAGACUGUACUGACAUGCUGUGCAACACUUGUAUGAUCUGUAUGAUGCCGUUCAUAUAUGAAGAUAACAUAGAUGUGGAGAUGGACUCCAGUGAUGAAGAAGAGGUUCUUAUAUGGAUGCACAUACGGAAAAAUACUGAAAAGACGCACACACUAAAGAGGAGUACGUUGAAAAAACGUAUAGAGUAUACUGCAAGUGAUGUAAAGACCCGUGCAAAGAGAGGCAGUAUUAAAUAUCAGCAAUUGCUUGAAAAGAUGAAGGACUUGAAAGAAGAUUGCGAGACUUCAGAGUCUGACACUGAGAGCACUAGGAGCAGUGAUUCAGAAGAGACAGACUUUGAAUAUCAGGACAGAUCUGAAGCAAGUGACAGCUCUGAUGAGGAAACAUCAGUAGAAAAUCCUUAAAAUAACUCGGAUUCUCGUAGAAAGAUUGAUUUUGCCACACUAAAAGACUUAAAAAAAGAAAGAAAAAGUAACAAGGACUUUUAAUAAGUCAAGUAAAAGAACUGUUAUUUGAAAGGACUUAUUUGGAUGUAUAAAAAACUUGUGGUCACAUGGAAGGAGAGUGGUGUGUGGGAGGGUAAGGAGGGGGGCCCAGUUAUAUAAAAAAGUCCAACUGGGCCCAUAUGCUUCAAGCUACACACCUGAACUGUAAAAAUGGAGAAGACAACAGAUCUGCUACAAUGCCACUGUCACCGUACUACACUGAGUUCCUGCAGACUGGUCUAGAAC